AUGUCUAAAGUAAAUGUAGGUGUUCAUAGAAAAGAGGCCAAUGACCUGGAUCAAACAGUAGGUAAACAGAUGGAAAUCGGGAACAAAAAGAACGAGUCUGAAACAAGCCUCACCCAAAUGCAGAAAGAAAACAAUACAGAAGGUGAGGCUGUUGACGGUGCGAAAGGGAAAGACUUCAAUAUGUCCCAUUCAUCCCAAAACCUCUUGAAUGGAGAACGAAAUCAGCUUGAGGAAAUGCAGCCAUUACACAUCAGCAAGCCCAAGAGAUAUCUAAAGAAGUUCCAGUAUUAUUUCCGACAUCCAUAUAUGAGGUUGCUGGUUGCUUAUGGUGUCACAAUUUGUAAUUUUUUCAUCUAUGCAGAAGAUCCAGUUGCACAUAGCUUUAAAGAAUGCACUAUACCAGCAAUUGGCAAUGACUAUGCCUUUGUGGCCACCAGGUAUCCACCAAAUGGUUUCUCUGCACUCAAGGUAUUCCUCUACCUUUUUGCCAUAGUGCUGGCACUUAUUGCUGGAAAGCUUGUGAUUCACCGGCUGCUGCUCAGAAAAUGUUUUAGAUUAUCAAUGUUUCAAAAUGACCAAGGCUCGUGGAUGAUCAUGUUUUUUGCUUCCAUCAUCACUCUCCUCAUUUUUUCCUUUAUUUAUAAUGGGUUUCUUGGAUUAGACUCAGUAAAUGGGGCACCUUACAAGAUUUCAUCCAAAAUGGGCAUAACAAAUCACACAUUUAUGAAAGCCGCAGCAUUGGGAACCUGGAUGGGGGAUUUCAUCACAGCUUGGAUGGUCACUGACAUGAUGCUUCAGGAAGUUGCAAAGUAUCCGGAUUGGGCCAAGCCUGUGCGAAACUGGUGGAACAAAGGAUGGAACCGAGUGAUCCUAUUCUGGGCAGUUCUAGUCAUUCUCACAUCAAUUGUAGCCUCGGCUAUCAUAGCAGACUACAUCAAUUGGGACACACUCAACAAGGACUUUGUCCACACAAGUGAACUGGGUCGAGGAUUUUUAGCAUCGUUUAUCCUUGUCAUGGAUUUCACCAUUGUCAUGCAGGAUUGGGACUUUCCGCUUUUCGAAACCAAUUUUGACGUAAAACUUCCAGGGAUCAACACUGCUUACAUACACUUUAAGAUCCCUGAUUGCUUGCGAAAAGAGCACUGGAUGGUGCAUAUAACCGGUAAAUGGUUCAACUAUGGAAUUCUCCUCAUGGUUAUGUUGCUUGAUCUCAACAUGUGGAAGAACCAAAUAUUUUACAAACCGUUCGACUAUGGGCAGUAUGUUGGACCAAAUGGAAAGGUUUAUUCGGUGACAGACCGUAACUUCUUGGAAACUGCGAACAAAUCGACCCUUUCGUAUGCUUGGCGUUGGAGCCAUCCAUCUGUUAACAACAGUUUUGGCAGCAGAGAUCCCCUUGUUAAUUCAAGAUACCGGGGCCACUCCCUAGCUGUCACUGGAACUGCCUUCAUACCAUGUCUGCUUACUUUCGUGGUUUUCGGUUCUCUCAUAUGGCUGUUCGGGCGUACCGAUAAUGUGGACGACAUUCAAGCAAUAAGCAUCCACCAUAAGUCGAGUCUGCGCAGGAUAACGAGCAUAGCCGUCAAGAAGGAGAAAGAUCACGUGGAUGGUAGUGGAUGUAUGGAGACUGAGGAUGGUGAUGAGAUCAUUGCCAAACCUGCUGUUGGAUACGGGACUAUUAACGAAGAAGGUGAUACUGACUGUGCCGCCAAGGCCUAAGACUGUAUGCCUGUAGAAUUAGAUUCUAUUCUGUGCCUGUAGCACUUAAGAGUAUAGACGGGAACAUGGGUAAGGUGUCAUAUCGCUCAAUUAAUGCAUACAAGGAGGUGUAUAAACAUUUAGCAAGGAAAACGCCAGGCUUGAAGGGAUUUUGUGUACUUAGAAUAGAAUCAUAAUCUACUGGGCGUUACAUAGAUUUAUGUUGUCUUCGAGUUUUAUAAUUUUGAAUUUUUAAUGCGUAUCUUUAGAAGUUAAAAAUUAUUUAUAUUUAGUCAAUAAAUGUUGUUGAGAAUUUACAUGAUAAAAGAUUUGUUGAAAGUUGUUUAGUAAGUUAAACGCUCCUUCGUAACAUGUUGUUAACUAUUUAGAAAAACUACAUUUCUAGCGAAUAUUGUUAUGAGAAAUCUGCAGUUGUAGGUUUUUCAACUUUUUUCCAGUUGAAGUGUCAAUUUGUUCCCUUUUUGAUGUUUCUGAUGGAACGUGUUAUCUUAAGUACUCGGCUACUUUUUCAUAAACUUGCAUAUUUUUACAUUCCUUUUUGAAGUUUUGUUUAUUAAUUAAGUAUUUAAAAUGAAUUCUAGGUUUGAUGAAAUAGUGUUUAGAAUGUAAUCAUUUUCAAUGAAAGUUAUUUCCUAUGAUGUUCGGUGUCAGAAA